GAGCAAACUCGGUCCUCCUUUUCUUCUCUUUCAGCAGUUCUGUCUUUAAACUCCUAACAUGCGAACUCCAAGUCCCUGUCACUGAGCAGUUUGAACAAAGAGUCCAGAUGUCUGCCACACAGGAAGGAGUUCUAGGUAGAGCCAAAGCAGAAUGGACCCCAUCUCGUGAUGCUUAUCUGGUUGAGAUUUUAAUUGAGCAGCAUAAUUGUGGAAGGACAGCGUAUAAUGAAUUUAAGAAUGAAGUGAUUAGGUCUGUUACACGUGAUUUUAACAAGAAGUUUGGCAUGAAUUUAGAAGAAAACCAAAUAAAAAACCGUUACAAUGUGAUGAAGAAAGAUUAUGGUGUUGUUAAAACACUGCUUGCCCAGAAUGGAUUUGGCUGGGAUGAAACUCGACAAAUGGUAGUAGCUGAUGAUAAAGUUUGGGAGAACUAUAUUGCGGUAAGAAGUGAAGCAAGACCUUUCCGACGCAAGAGCUUUCCCCUGUAUAAACAAAUGUCUAUUAUUUUUGAAGGUGAAAGAACUACCGGCAAAUGCAUUCCACAUGGUGUUCCAAUGAUAACCGAAGAGGGAAAUAGCAACACAGAGACAGUCCGAUCUUCAGAGCCAACUAACCUACCUACACAAGUAGUUGAGGGUACCCUUGAUUCUGAUUCAAUAAUUCGUAUAAGUGACAAACAAGCAAAGAAAAGAAAGUCUGUUGCUCCUAGACCUUCAGCUCGUAACAAAAGGGUCUGCUAUGAUGCUGGUGAGAUAAUAGAGAAUGCAAUAUAUGACAUGUUUUCAGCAGUCAAGUUCAAAGCUUUGCAAAGAGAUGCAUCAAAUGAGAGAACAUUGUAUCAGAAGUGUCUGGAGGAGUUGCAGCACUUGGAAGAAUUGGACGAUGAUGAGUUUACAAAGUCUGUUAAUGUUCUCAAAGAUGAUAAAAAUGCAAUUGCAUUUAUGACAAUUAAGGGGCCUCGGCGUUUGAUUUGGUUGAGGUCUCUAUGGCAAGAAUCAUAACCUGAAAAAUUGAAAUGCAUUAGGAACUUAGCUUACUUCCGUAAGCAAGUGUUGUAAUUCUUUUGUUGCAGAUGCACAUUCAUGUGCAAGUUCUGUUUCCUUGUGAGUUAAGAGAUUAGUUUGCCUUUUCUAUUACCACUCAUCAGAACUCACAGGUACCUGUUAGGCAAUUUUUUUAUUUCAUAUGCUUCAUUAGCGUUUGUCGCUUUGGUCUUUUCCGACACA